AUGUCUCCCCCCACCCAGAGCGAGGCUUUCAAGAAGGCCGUCGUCGACUCCAAGAAGCUCACCAGCAAGCCCAGCAGCGACGACCUGCUGGCCCUCUACGGUGCGAUCCCCCGCGGCUCCCCUCGCCCCCGACGCCCGCUGCCAUUGCUAACCGCGCCGUCUCGCCCAGGCCUCUACAAGGUGGCCAUCGGCGAGGACAUUUCCACGGCCGGCAAGGCGAAGAAGGGUGCGUGGCAAAAGAUUGUCGACGAGGGCAUCACCGCCGAGCAAGCCCAGGAGCGAUACGUCGCCCUCGUCGAGAAGAUGAAGGAGACGUACGGCUACGACGAGAACAAGGAGCCCGAGGCCGUCGGUGCCUAG